CGCGAUAUUUAAACGAAACGGCAUCUCGUCUGUUUGUUUUCGAACAUUCGAUAAGGAUUUUAAAGUUAGACGUCAAUCCUGAGAAAAGAGAUAGGGUCUUUUCUUUCAUUUGUAGUCUGUUUUUUUUAUAUGUAGUGCUUUUGUUUUAACUCGCAAGAUGGAAAUGGAUGUGGAGUCCUGUCUAAAAGCCUUUGAGAGCAGCUUCACCUCCUACGCCGGAGACGACCCGCUGGACGUCUGGAUUAGGUUCGUGGAGUACUUGGAUCAGAGUUUACCUCCCGGCGGCGACGGAAUGUCGACGGUGCUGGAGAGACUGGUUCAGAACUUUCUGGGGGCGGAGCGAUAUGCCAACGACGUUCGUUUUGUCCGCCUCUGCAUCAUAUGCGCCACUUACUAUUCGGAGCCCGAGGCCUUGCUCCAGUACGUGUUUAGCAAAGGCGUGGGCACCAGGACGGCGGCUCUCUACGUAUCCUGGGCGCAACACUUGGAGCGCAAAGCCAUGAGGGAGGAAGCCGAUGCAGUUUACCUCAAAGCCAUGGAGAACCGAGCAGAGCCUGUCCAAAACCUCAUGCAGGAGUACAGGCAGUUUCAGGCCAGAAACGGAAGCCGAGAGAUGCCGUCGGGAGGUGGAAUGGGCAGGCAGCCCGGCGAGUGCGACCCACGACCGGCAGGCGCGCCCGCCAUUCCCUCGCAGAUCGCGGCGGAACUUCCGGCCAAUGGCGUCUUUUACGUCAGCACAAUUUCACGCUCCGAAGUGCGGCCUGUGCCCCGUGACGAGCCCGAGCGCGAAUUGAUAUCCAUGUACUCCAAGCACGAGCUGCAGUGCUCGGAAAGCGAGCUCUGCUUUGAAGAAGUGCGCGCCAGGAUGUACUUUUUGAAGAGGAAAGAGAAGCGGGAGGCCGAGGAACGGCUCCAACUGGAGCGCGCGGUAAGGGAGGACAGGGAGGCAGUGGCCAGGCUGCGCCGCCAACUGGACCUCAUGGACAGGACGCUGCAGAUGUCGAUUCCUAUGGGACAGCCCGUUGGCUGCGACGCCUUCAUGCAAGAAGAAGAGCAAGCGGACGACCCGGAUGCGUCACGGGGAAGCGUGCCGGACAAUUCUCGGGAUUCGAUGAGCUGCGCGCACGUCACGCCGUCGCGCGUACCGCCUUCGCCCACCGUCAACACACGCGAAGCGCUAGAUGUGAUCAUGGGAAUGUUCCAAGCGCCCACCCUGAGUGGGGACGCCUUCGGAGACAGGUCGGCACUCUUUGUACCUGGAGAGCCGCCGGACCGUGAUGACCACAGCGCCCCGCCUGCCAGCUUCGCCUCCACGGAGCCGUUUACCAUUUACCAGGAUGAUGUCAGCGUCACUAAUUCCCGCACGAGCAGAGCGGCAGAAGCAGGAGCCCUGUCGGCGCGGUGCGACGGCCGGCUGGCGGCGUGUCCCGAAGACACGGCCGACUUUGCCACGGCGGCGCACUGCGUGUCCACGCCCUUUGCGCAAAGAACCGCUUACCACGUCGCAGCGAGCGGGACGUGCGUAGACGGGGACGAAAACACCUUCGUCAGACGUUUGCAGAAGCUCAGUCCCAUCUUGGAGCAGAGCCCGCCCGAUGAAAAGCUUCCCGCCUGCGGGGCGGCGCAAGAGUCCGUCACCGCCCCGCAACCGGCCGCCUUGUCCUUCGGGGAACGGACGCAGGGAGCCACCACCGCCGAAGAGCCUUUCGCCAUCCUGGAGGACACCCCGCGGGAACCCGUUCUGGCCGACCCUUGGAACGACGAGCUCAUCUCCCGCUUCCUGUCCGAGAUGAGCCCGCCCCUCAGCUCGCACCCGCAAUACAUCAGCUGGCGGUGCUGCCUCCCCAACAUCGCCCCUAAGAUGACAGUCAGCAUGGGAAACGCAUCUUUGCGAGUGGACCGCAUUCUUGGCCAGGGGGCUUUCGCCACAGUCUACCAGGCUAGCGACCCCACCGGCUCCGACAAGUUGGUGCUCAAGGUGCAGAAGCCGGCCAAUCCGUGGGAGUUUUACAUCAAUGCGCAGCUGGACCGUCGCCUGGGACCGCACGUCCGUCACCUGUUUGGCCGCGUCCACUCUGCUCACGUCUUCACCGACGGCAGCGUCCUGCUGGCCGAGCUGCACGGCUACGGCACCCUGCUGAACACGGUCAACCUUUACAAAAAUCUGGGCGACAAAGUCAUGCCUCAGCCUCUGGUCAUGUACUUCACCGUCUGUAUCCUGCGAAUGCUGGAAGAACUUCACGCCGCGCGCGUAAUCCACGCCGACAUCAAGCCGGACAACUUUAUGUUGGGACAGAGGUUCGCCGAGAACGACGACUUAGAUCCAGAGAACUUGGAACACGGCCUGGUCCUGGUGGACUUCGGCCAAAGCCUCGACAUGACUCUUUUCCCGGAAGGCGCGGCCUUCACCGCCAAGUGCUUGACGUCCGGCUUCCAGUGCCCCCAGAUGCUCAGCGGGAAGCCCUGGAACUACCAGACGGAUAUGUUUGGCGUAGCGGCGACAGCUCACGUCCUGCUCUUCGGAAUGUACAUGCAGCUGGCGGAGGAGGACGGAAUGUGGAUGCCCCGCGCCAGCUUUCGAAGGAACCCUCACGCCGACACGUGGCGGCACUUUUUCCGGACCUUGCUGAACGUGGACGCCUGCCACCCGGCGCCUGAGAUGCUGGCCGACCUGCGCCGUCGUCUGACCGACGUCUUGCGGCGGGACUACUCCGGAAAGAUGGCCUCACUCAAGAGCCGCCUACUGGUCCUCCUGUUGGAGAGCUCCAAGGCAGGCCGACGGUGACGCAAGAGAUGGCGGCAAUUUGAGAGUUUUGUUAUGACGUUCAUCCCCCGCCUGUUGCCAAAUGUUUGUUUGUUUUUAACUGUUCGCAGAAAAAAAAUUUGUUAAUAAAAACUGUUCGAAUGUUUUUCAUAAUGGCAAAUUCGUAUUUCCUUGAUUUAGAAUAGAAUGGAAAGCAUUUGUCAUUGUAUGGCGUACAACGUGACUUAAAGCUUCGCCAUAAAUUACACCACAUUAAAGCAAAAGUACAAUAAGGCUGAUAUAAAGUUGUACACAAAUUGGGAGGAAAGUGAACCGCAAGUGGUGAUGUGCUGCAAAUGUAACGGUGCAUAUAUGACAAAAUACAAUACUCAAACAAGGAGGCAAAUGGCAAAUGACUUCAUAGAUAUUGAACCAAGAGUGCAAAUAUUGCAUAUGCGGUACCCAGAUUGAGACUGAUUAUCUAAGAGCAUGUUACAGUACUUAGAUGCAUGUGACAAUGUUGUGGCAUUAGCAGUGCAAUGACCGUAACGUUUAAAAGCAAUCUUUAGUUGUGUAUGCUAACAAAUUUGAAGCCAAUAAAUCAAUCAAUCCUAAAUCCUGCCUUGUAUUUCCACUAUCCAAACUUGCAUGAGUGCAAACAUUUAAUCAACAGCCUCUUCCUGUCAUAAAUAUCUUGAGGUGAAAUGGUUUAAGGCAGAAGUAGGCGUAGUUUUUAAACGACGGC